GCUUGACAAGUGGGUAGCGGAGAUGGCGAUGCACACCCUCACUUUGGCCCGCCGAUGCCGCACAGGGUGGCAAGCCAGCGGCUCCCUGAUCGGGGCACUAUCAUCCUCGCGAAGCCGUCUUCUUUUCACGGACGACCGCGCUACUCGGCCGGGGCCGACACCUCCGCCGAGGAUCGCCGGCGCGUCGAUGGCCCUCACAGCAGACGCGAAACCUUCAAGCCCAAGCCCGGUUUAUCCGGGUGCUGGGUUCUCUUCGCUUGCUAGGCCGAACGAGUUCGUUGCCGCCGGCUCUCCAGUCAGCAGCAGCAGCAGCAGCAGCAGCAGCGAUUACACCGUUGUACAGGACGGAACGGAGAAGUUCGUUGUGGCAGCACGUGUGCUGGAGGCGAACCAGGUGCUGUUUUCUCGAGUGGAAGGCUUGGUGACGGGCGUGAAAACGCGGCACAGCGUGCAGCUCAGCAAAGAGCGGCACCUGGAAACUGGGAGUGACCUCGCACUCAUGAAUCAUUCCUGUGAGCCCAACUGUCAGCUGGAGGUGGUGGACACGGCGGAACAACCGUACCUACGUGUGACGGUCAGGGCGCCUCGAGUCCAGCCAAACGAAGCGCUGGAGAUAGACUACAAUGCCAUGGAGAUUGAUAUGACCUGUCCCUUCGACUGCCAAUGCGGCGCGGUCAGGUGCAGAGGCUGGGUGUCGGGCUUCUCAAACCUUUCUCGGGCCGAGCAGGAGGAGUACAUCGAUGGGGGUGCGACGGGGUCCCCGCCCCUCACCGGCGCCGUGAAAACGUGGGCUGAGGAACACGGCAUCGCAUGUAGAGACUCGCAACGUUCUAUGUGAACAACGCGAAGGAUAAACAACGGCUCUCUGUGACAAGAGGCGUGUGGGCAGCGGCGCGGGCGGGGUCGGCGGUGAGCUAUGGUGGCGGCGGUGGCAUCGGCACCGCAUCGAGCGUAGAUCGAAGGGUUCUCUCUCUCCCUCACUUCCUUCCUUCGCUGGUACCGCGACGCCAUGAACAGCCAAAAUCACGAAAACACGAGUAGACUGUAGAAUGGUGCUUUUUUUUCCUAUCCAUGCAUGUACAUGCCUUGUGUUGGUCUUCGUUCUCUCUGCGCGGCACGUUUCUGGCCACUUCGUCCGCACGUCUCUCUUCCUCGUGUUCGCCUCUUGUCAUCACAUCAUCAGACAUUUUCCUUAAGUUCAUUUGAUCCUGGCUAUCCGUUAUUAGGGUAGAGUGCAAGCAAUAGUAUGAACCGCCCAUUCAUGUGCCCUGACCAUCCACCCUCGCCCACCCAAACGUUAGCGGAAGGGGGUGGGUGGGAGACUGGAUUGACGGAGCGCGUGGAGAUGCCUAGGAUAGAGCUAGUUCGAAUUACGUCAUUUUCUUCUGGCCGGUCGGUGGUUAAUGAGUUUUGUUUGGCAGUUCGUGGUUGUCGUUCUCAGUCUUCACGCCUCGUGAGCGCGUGGGACUGGGUGGGUGGUUUGGUGGGGAUUGCCCUGGUCUAAGAGGAAUCCCGACGGUGAUCAGACUAUAUUCUUGCGUUUGAUCGUUAUGCGGCGAUAGUUUGUGUUCGCACCCCUGCUUCAGUUUCCUUUCCCUGCGUGCUUUGAUUUUCAAACGGAUUUGCUGAACGCAUCACCUCUUGGAAAGCCCAAGGCUCGGGUCUCAUCACCUCGAGUACGUUCAUACCUGAGUAGCCCAGCAGCAACUACAAUAGUGCUGAUCUACGGGACCUCCGAACGAUACAUGGUUUGUGAGUACGAUCUUAACCACCUCCUUGAGUUGAUCGUAUUCGAAACCUUCCAGCUGGACCGGCCUCACCUGGAAGCCGGGAUGCGGAAAGCGUCAAUCCGUACGUGCAGUUAGGGCGUAAAUGAGAACGGUGGG